AUGUCCACGGGCUCCGGGAGCGAGGCGGAGGAGCUGCCCGAGAUGGACCUGCGUGCUUUGCAGCUGGACUACCCGCAGCAGCCGGCCAAGCGCCAGCCCCGCGGGGAGCUCUACCCCUCGGGGGACAACUCCUCGGCGGCGGAGGAGGAGGAGGAGGACGAAGAAGAGGAGGAGGAGGACGGCGAGGGCAGCUGCGCGGCGGGGCAGGCGGGCAGCGGCUGCAAGAGGAAGCGGGCUCGGGGCGGCGGCCCGGGGGGCAAGAAGGCGGUGUCGGGGCCGAGGGGGCCGGCGCCGGAGGGGAAGCAGUCCCAGCGCAACGCGGCCAACGCGCGGGAGCGGGCGCGGAUGCGGGUGCUGAGCAAGGCGUUCUCCCGACUGAAGACCAGCCUGCCGUGGGUGCCGCCCGACACCAAGCUCUCCAAGCUGGACACGCUGCGCCUGGCGUCCAGCUACAUCGCCCACCUCCGGCAGCUCCUGCAGGAGGACCGAUACGAGAACGGAUACGUCCACCCCGUCAACCUGACAUGGCCGUUUGUGGUUUCAGGGAGACCUGACUCUGAUACCAAAGAAGUUUCUACUGCCAGCAGAUUAUGUGGAACUACUGCAUAGUCAAAGUAAAUUGUGGUUUGGUUUUUGUUUUGGGUUUGGUUUGGGGUUUUUUUGAUCUUUUUUUCUUAUGGGCUGGAUAUUUUUGAGAGUUGUGGCUUAUCAGCUAAAGACUAGAAGAUGGGGACAAACCCAUCUCUAACAGUGUUUAGUCUGUGUCCCCCAUGAUUCUUUUCCCUGAGCGUUCUGAGGGAACUUUACUGAAAGCAGUAAGGAAGGGAGGCAGUGGAAAUCAGUUUUUAUGAACUGACUGCAAGCAGCUAAGUCUGAGAUUUGGAAAGGCCCUUCUUUGGCUUCAUCAUUCUUACCACUGCCUGAGGACCUGUUGUUCUGAGGCUAUUAAACUAAUGGAAGAAGAAUAUAAUGAUAUAGAAUUAACAGCAUGGACCAAAAUACAACUCUACAAACUAACUUCAAACAGUGUUAUUUGUAUUCUAAAGCAAAGCAGUAUUUUAGAGUAGCUUUGAAUCUCAGAUAGAUUUAUAAUAUAUUUUGAUGGCUUUUGUAUUCAUGGAUCCAGUUUACUGCAACUAUGCAAGGAGUAGUAAUUUUUAUUUUAUUUUAUUUUAUUUUUUUUGUCCUUUAGCCAGUCUUCUUAAAGACAUGUAAGUGGCUACAAUCUGCACUUAGGCUGCCAUCCAUUGGAAUUAAACUAAUUCCUCUGGUUAUGUCUUGAAAUGACACAUGUAAUAAUGUGGGACUGUUCCCAGAAAUGUGGCACAGUUUCUGUGUCUUAAUCUGGAAGGGAAUUCUGCAUACCCUAACACCACAGUGCGUGUGUUACAAAGAAUGAAUUUUAUGAUGCUGCAAAAUAACAAGAAUUCACAAUGUUUUAAACAUUUUUCCUGUACUGUCAUGCUUAUCUUUGAAACGUUUACCCUCAAAUUCAAAUGCUGUAAUGAAAGAAG